ACUUUGCUCAGUAUUGUUGAAGGAGAUUAGUGAUAGUCAGCCCCCGACUCCACACCACUACAGGAAAAAAUCCUGUGAUCCUGCUCACUGCCCAUCUUGCCAGAAAAUGUUGGCAGUUCUACAGAGCACAUUUGCAAUAAUUUUCAGUAUGGAAUUCAUAUUGGGAACCUUAGGAAAUGGAUUCAUUGUUCUGAUUGCCUGCAUAGACUGGAUCCAAAGAAGAAAAAUCUCUUUAGUGGAAAUCCGCACUGCCCUGGCAAUUAGCAGAAUCACUCUAAUUUGGUUGGUAUUCCUAGAUUGGUGGGUAUCUGUUCAUUACCCAGCAUUACAUGAAACUGGUAAGAUGUUAACAAUGUAUUUUAUCUCCUGGACUGUGAUCAAUCAUUGUAACUUUUGGCUUACUGCAAGCCUGAGUAUCCUUUAUUUUCUAAAGAUAGCCAACUUUUCUAACAUUAUUUUUCUCUAUCUAAAGUUUAGAGUUAAAAAUGUGGUCUUGGUGACCCUGUUAGUAUCUCUAUUUUUCUUGUUCUUAAAUUCUGCAAUUAUAAAAAUAUACUCUAAUGUGUGUUUUGAUAGUGUUCAAAGAAAUGUGUCUCAAAUUUCCAGACUGUAUAACCAUGAACAAAUUUGCAAAUUUCUUUCUUUUACUAACCCUAUUUUCACAUUCAUACCCUUUGUUAUAUCCCUGGUUACCUUUUUUCUGCUCAUCUUCUCCCUGUGGAGACAUCUAAAGAACAUGCAGCACAAUGCCAAAGGAUGCAGAGACCCUAGCACCGCAGCCCACAGCAGAGCCUUGCAAACCAUCAUUGUGUCUGUAGUGUUAUACACUAUUUUUCUUCUAUCAUUUUUUGUGAAAGUUUGGAGUUCUGGGUCACCAGAGAGAUACCUUAUCUUUUUGUUUGUCUGGGCUCUGGGAAGUGCUGUUCUUUCUGCUCACCCAUUUGUCCUGAUUUUGGGAAACAGUAGAUUGAGAUGGGCUUCUCUCUCCCUGAUGUUGUGGCUCUGGUACAAGUUCAAAAGUAUAGAAGUAUAG